UUUGAAGCCGGUGAAGAAGUUGUAGAUCUCACAUGUGAAUCUUCUGAUCCUGUAGUCGUUGAUCUAACUCACAAUGAUUCUGUGGUGAUUGUUGAAGAGAAUCAGCGACAAAGGAGAAAUCUUCGGCUGAGAGGCCAGCGACAGUCGGACAGCUGUGUACUGAGUAGUGAUGAUGAAGAUGAGGCAAGAGAUAGUGAUGUGUACGUGACGGAUAAAGUGUCUCCAGAAUUGGCACCACUGGAAGAUGAAACUGCAAGUUCAAAGUAA